AUGGGCAAGGGCCAGGCCAUCACCCCCUUGGUGGCGCCGUAUCUUGAUCUGGAUACGGUGAUAAGUGAGCAAGGGUCGGGUCGCCGCAUCCUUAGUGGCGCGCUGCACCGACGCCCCGGUGUAGUGAAAAAUGAGCAAGGGUCUCCACAUUUGACUCGACGAGUGCAGAGGGUAAGGAAGUUAGCCGAGCCUAGGAGGAUACGCUUAGGUAGUUGGAACGUAGGGUCCCUGACGGGUAAGUUACGGGAGUUAGUUGAUACGGCGGUGAGGAACCGUGUUGAUGUCCUAUGUGUCCAAGAGACCAAAUGGAAGGGACAGAAGGCGAAGGAGGUGGAGGAUACCAGUUUCAAGUUGUGGUACACGGGGACAACUUCAAACAAAAAUGGAGUAGGCAUCUUGGUAAAUAAGAGCCUCAGGGAUGGAGUUGUGGACGUCAAGAGGCAAGGGGACCGAAUGAUCCUUGUCAAGCUGGUUGUUAGGGGCUUAGUCCUCAAUGUUAUCAGCGCGUAUGCCCCACAAGUAGGCCACAAUGAGAGCACCAAGAGAGAGUUCUGGGAAGGCCUGGAGGACUUGGUUAGGAGGGUACCUAUUGGUGAGAAGCUCUUCAUAGGAGGAGACCUCAAUGGCCAUGUGGGUACAUCUAACACAAGUUUUGAAAGGGUGCAUGGGGGCUUUGGCUAUGGCACCAGGAACCAAGAAGGAGAAGACGUCCUGAGCUUCGCUCUAGCCUAUGACAUGGUCGUAGCUAACACCCUCAUUAGAAAGAGAGAAACCCAUCUAGUGACGUCCAGUAGUGGUCUACACUCUAGCAGAGAAGACAGAUGCGUCUACAUUGAUUGUAAGGCGAUACCUGGAGAGAGUGUUGUCCCUCAACAUAAGAUGGUGGUUGCUGACUUUCGCUUUAGGAUCCGUGUCCAGCGGGGUAAGCGUGUCAAAGUCGCUAGAACGAAGUGGUGGAAGCUCAAGGGUGAGGCAUCCUAG